AUGCCCCCGACGCGGCGGCCCUGGGCGCGGCUCGCGGCCGUGCUCGUCGCACUGCUCGCCGUAGCGCUCGGCGCUCUGCCGUACCUCGUGCCCGAGCUGUUUGUGGACAAGGGCCAAAUUGACGCGCUCACGCGGUUCUUUGCGCCGACCGACGCGGCGAACGCGACCGCCGCGCCGACGCGCUCGCAGCGCGCUGCGGCGCAUACAAACAACUGGGCGGUGCUGGUGUGUACCAGCAAGUUUUGGUUUAAUUACCGCCAUAUGGCAAAUACCUUGGGCAUGUACCGCACCGUCAAGCGGCUCGGUGUGCCAGACAGCCACAUUAUUCUGAUGCUUGCCGACGACGCGGCGUGCAAUGCACGGAAUCCAUACCCCGGCGCUGUGUGGCCUGCCUCGAGCAAGGACCUGGAUCUGUACGGUGACGAUGUCGAGGUCGACUACCGCGGCUACGAAGUGACCGUGCCCAACUUUUUGCGCCUGCUCACCGGCCGUGUGCCCGCGCACACGCCGCGCUCCAAGCGGCUCGAGUCGGACGAGCACUCGAACGUGUUCCUCUACAUGACUGGGCACGGCGGCAAGGAGUUUCUCAAGUUUCAAGACUCGGAGGAGAUUAGCGCGCACGAUCUAGCCGAUGCCGUGGAGCAAAUGUGGGAAAAGCGGCGGUACCACGAGCUGCUCUUUAUGAUCGAUACGUGUCAGGCGAGCUCGAUGCUGCAGCCGUUCUACAGCCCCAAUGUCCUGGCGGUCGGCAGCAGCCAGACGGGCCAGAACUCGUACUCGUACAAUGUCGACAGCGGCGUCGGCGUGCCCUUGAUUGACCGGUACACGCGUGCGGUGCUUGAAUUUAUGGAGCAUGUGGACCGCACGAGCAACAAGACGCUCCAGGACCUCUUUGACAGCGUGGACCCUGCCGCGAUCCACUCGGACCCCGACGUGCGCAAGGACCUCUUUGCGCGCGCGAUGGACCAGGUGCGCGUGACGGAUUUCUUUGGCUCGGUCGCGCAGGUCGAGCUGACGUAG